AUGACAGGACCAGCAGGUCCUCAAGGGCAGUCGGGCUUCCAGGGUUUACCUGGUUUUCAGGGUCCCGUAGGUGAUCAAGGUGCUACUGGAAGUGCUGGUCAAUCUGGACCAACUGGAGUUCAGGGACCAACUGGACAAACUGGUGCAAAAGGACCGGACGGACCAAGUGGUUUACCAGGAGACACUGGACAAACUGGUAGCACUGGAAUUGCUGGAUCAACUGGUUCACCUGGUUCAUCUGGAUCGCCUGGAUUACCUGGAAUUAUUGGGCCUCAAGGGCAGUCUGGACAAAAGGGUUAUACAGGAGGUACGGGUGUUUCUGGCAUUAGAGGUGCAACUGGUUCGCUUGGUCAACCUGGUCAGGUGGGUCCACCAGGUUUUCCAGGUCAACCUGGUUCUACUGGAGCCGAUGGGACAGGUGGACUUCAAGGUUCAACAGGUUUUCAAGGUUCUACAGGUGUGCAAGGAUUUACAGGAGAUGAGGGCGAUAAAGGAGUUCAAGGACAAAAUGGUGCCCCAGGAUUUCCUGGACCUCAAGGACCACAAGGUUCAGCAGGUUCAUUUGGACCACAAGGAUCUCGUGGUUCGACUGGAUUACAAGGUCCAGCAGGUUCAGUUGGUAACACAGGACAAGCAGGUGGGCCAGGAUCUCCUGGUGUACAAGGUUCUACAGGAGCAACUGGAGCCACGGGUUCUCCAGGUCCUUCCGGGAACCUGGGAAGUACUGGUCCGCAAGGACAACCAGGUCCACAAGGUGUUCCUGGUUCAACCGGUUUUAAAGGUCAACCUGGAUCACUUGGAGCUACUGGCACAACUGGUAACCCCGGUGGAACGGGCGAUACAGGCAGCCAGGGGUUUCCAGGUCCUCAAGGAUUUACAGGUCCAAGUGGCAGCAAAGGUGCCACAGGUUCAUCUGGACCAGUCGGUGUAAAAGGACAAAAUGGAGCAACCGGCCAACCAGGACUUGUUGGUGCAACUGGUGACCAGGGUGACACAGGUCUCCAGGGUCAAACAGGUUCCACUGGAAUCAGCGGUCCACAGGGACCUCCCGGAAGAAGCGGAUCAACUGGUCCAAGAGGUAUGUAG